AUGUCAAAGGUUGUGUUAAAAAUUAACGAUGUUCAGUAUGAAGUGGAUGGAAGAUACGGACCGGAUGUGUCCUUGAAUGAGUUCAUCCGUAAUGUCGCCCAUCUUCGAGGUACUAAAGCGAUGUGCCAAGAGGGGGGCUGUGGUGCUUGCAUAGUAGCUGUACGCACCUCGCUGCCACCGAUGAAUAAAUGCCUUGUGUCGGUUUUAUCAUGUCACGGGUGGGAAAUAUUAACAGUUGAAGGGUUAGGGAAUAGGACCAUCGGUUAUCAUGAGAUUCAGACAAGACUAGCCAAAUUUAACGGCACUCAAUGCGGAUACUGCACACCGGGGUGGAUAAUGAGCAUGUAUAGUCUAUACACGUCAAAGAACAAGGAACUAAGUACUGAAGAAGUCGAAAAUUCUUUUGGAAGUAAUAUAUGCAGAUGUACCGGAUACCGAGCAAUAGCAGAUGCUUUGAAGAGUUUUGCUGCUAAUGCUGAUAAACGCAUAUUAGCGAAAUUACAAGACAUAGAAGAUUUAGGAGUAUUCAAACAAUGCAAAAAGAAUUGCACAGCAGAGAGUGAUUGGUGUGUAAUAGAAAAUUGUAAUAAUAAAGCCGUAACGAUCAGUGGAAAUAGCCAUAGUUGGUUUAAAGUUUAUAAUUUACAAGAUGUAUUUAAGGCGAUAGCUCAAUCUGACGAUUACAAAUUACUAGCUGGAAAUACUGGACAAGGUGUAUAUCAUGUAACAGAGUAUCCAAAGAACGUUAUAGAUAUUUUUAAUGUGGCUGAAUUAAGGGGAUAUUCGAUAGAUGUAAACCUAAUACUAGGUGCCGGGAUGACUCUUACGGAUAUGAUGGAUGUUUUUAUGACAUUGUCAAUGAAAAACGAAUAUUUCUCAUAUUUAAAAGAGUUUUACGAUCAUAUGGACUUGGUUGCGCAUAUACCAGUAAGGAAUAUCGGAACUAUUGGAGGGAACUUAUAUAUGAAGUUUCUUAAUAACGAAUUUCCCUCCGAUCUUUUUCUUCUUUUCGAAACAGUUGGGGCCAUGAUAACUAUCGCGUCUUCUCCCGAUGAGCUGGAUACUAUAACAUUGGUGGAUUUCUUAAAAUUUGAUAUGAAGGGCAAAAUAAUCGUAAAUGUGAUGUUACCGCCACUGUCAGCAUUGUGUCACGUAAAAACGUUUAAGAUAAUGCCGCGAUCUCAGAAUGCCCAUGCCAUAAUUAAUGCGGGGUUUCUUUUUAAAUUCAAAAAUAAUAAAAACACAUUAGAGAAAGUUACCAUAGUUUACGGAAACGUGAAUCCACAAUUCAUACACGCUUCAAGAACUGAAGAAUUAUUAAUUGAUAAAGAUCCUUUUGCUGAAGAUGUAUUAGAAUCGGCGCUUAAGAGUUUGCAUGCGGAAAUUAAACCUGAUGCAGUACCACCAGAGCCAUCAGCUGACUAUAGAAAAAUGUUAGCUGUAUCUCUUUAUUAUAAGACAAUACUCAGCUUAUGUCCAGAAGGAAAAGUAGAUGAAAAAUAUCGUUCUGGUGGGAACGCUAUUAAACGGCAUUCUUCAAAGGGAACACAAACGUAUGACACAGAUGAAAGUGUUUGGCCACUAAACAAACCCGUGCCGAAAUUGGAGGCACUGAUGCACUGUAGUGGAGAGGGAACCUUUGCAAAUGACUUACCGACGCAGCCAAAUGAAGUAUUUGGUGCCUUUGUCACCGCUGAUGUUAAUCCUGGCAGUAUUAUUGCUGGAUUUGAUACAUCAGAGGCUUUUAAAAUGCCAGGCGUUCUAGCGUUUUACACUGCUAAAAAUAUACCCGGUAAAAAUAACUUCACUCCUUUCAAUGCACUUUUACAUUUCGAGGAAGAAAUAUUGUGUUCAAAAGAAGUAAAAUUUAAUGGUCAAGCUGCAGGGAUUAUUGUAGCAAAUAGAGAAAAAGUCGCAACAAUCGCUGCUAAGCUCGUUAAAAUUAAAUAUGAAUCAAUUUCUAUAAAGACACCACUUUUGUCCGUUCAAGAUGUUUUAGCAUCGACUGAAAAAGAAAGAAUAUCGACAGACAAGAUAGUAGAAGCGACUGAUAGCGGCAAUGAUGUAAAAAAAAUUAUAAGUGAUGAAAUUGUUUUUGAAACACAAUACCAUUAUUAUUUAGAACCACAGACGUGUGUAGUAAAACCAUCAGAAGAUGGAUUUGAAGUUUAUUCAUCAACUCAAUAUCUGGAUUCGACAAAUAUUGCUGUAGCUCAAUGUUUGAAUGUUCCCGUAAAUAGCGUCAACAUAAUCGUCCGUAGACUAGGCGGAGCUUAUGGUGGUAAAAUUACAAGAUCUUCCCAAAUAGCUUGCGCAGCGGCUAUUGUCUCACAAUUGCAAGGAAAGACUUGUAGAUUUAUCUUACCUCUACAAACUAAUAUGAAAAUGGUUGGAAAACGAGCACCAACAUACUGUAAAUUUGAGGCUGGUGUAAAUGGAACUGGUGAAAUACAGUACCUAAAAGUAAUGUAUUAUCAGGACAAAGGUUGCUCUAAAAAUGAAACGAUAUCAACUAUUACAAUUCUUCAUUUAAUCAAUGGCUAUGAUUCAAAGCGAUGGCACAUAGAAGCUAAUAGCGUAAUUACUGACAUUCCUUCUACAACGUGGUGUAGAGCACCAGGUUCAACCGAAGGCAUUGCAAUUAUCGAAUAUAUAAUGGAAAAAAUAUCCCAAGAGCUGGGUGAAGAUCCUCUAAAAGUUCGUCAAUUAAAUAUGAAAAAGGAAAACAAUCCCAUCCCAGAACUCAUUGAACAACUUAAAAAAGAUUCCGACUUUGAGACAAGACAGAGGGAAAUAGAAGAUUUUAAUAAAAACAAUCGUUGGAGAAAGCGAGCUCUUAAAUUAAUGCCAAUGACUUACGAAAUAUUGUACAUAGGACCAUAUAAUUCGAUUGUGUCGAUAUAUCAAGGGGAUGGUUCAGUAGUUUUAAUUCACGGUGCUAUUGAAAUGGGUCAAGGUGUUAAUACUAAAGUAGCCCAAGUAUGCGCACAUGUUUUGGGAAUACCUUUAGAAAAAGUUAGUGUAAAAUCAACAACUAGUUUUACAUCACCAAACUCAAUGGCGACUGCAGCCAGCGUUGGCAGUGAAUGUGCCUCGUACGCCACUAUGAAAGCUUGCGAGAUUUUAAAUGAGCGAUUGAAACCUAUAAAGGAGAAAAUGCCAAAUGCCACUUGGGAAGAAAUUGUUGUGAAUGCGCACAAUUCUGGUGUAAACUUACAAGCUACGUACAUGUAUUCUACCAUGGAACCCGUAAAACCAUAUGAUAUUUAUGGUAUUGUAGCUUUGGAAUUAGAAGUAGAUAUUUUAACUGGAAAUCGCGAUGUAAUAAGAGUUGAUCUGUUGGAAGACACUGGUCGAAGUUUAAAUCCAGAGAUUGACGUAGCACAGAUCGAAGGAGCCUUCGUUAUGGGCUUAGGAUACUGGACCUCGGAGAAAAUUGUAUACGAUAAAACAACAGGCAAAUUACUUACUGAUCGCACGUGGACAUAUAAGCCUCCUGGUAUUAAGGAUAUACCGGCUGACUUCAGAAUUUAUUUUCGAAGGAAUGGCACAAAUGAAAAUGGAGUUUUAAAAUCAAAAGCGACAGGAGAACCGGCCUUAUGUCUCGCGGCGGUUAUCACCCACGCCUUACGAGAAGCGGUCAGAUCAGCUCGUUUAGAUGCAGGAUAUGAGGAUCAAUGGGUCCACAUUGCAAAUCCCUGCACCACUGAGAACAUAUUCAUGGCUGUCGGACAUAAGCUGGAGCACUUCGUAGCAAUGCAGUUACCGAAACACCUGAAGCUAGCGGCAGGAUGUACCGGAGCUGCCACAUUUGGCGUCAUCUUUGGCUGGGUGUUAUUUCCAACAAUUUUGAAGAGCCAAUUGAAAAAGGAAAUGGCGUUAUCAAAAAAAACAGACGUUCGGCAAAUGUGGGAGAAAAUUCCUUUUGCACUCGACUUUAAGGUAUACUUAUUCAACUAUACUAACGCUGAAGAUGUUCAAAAAGGAGCCUUGCCUAUUGUGAAGGAAAUUGGACCUUUUUAUUUUGAAGAAUGGAAAGAAAAAGUCGAUAUUGAAGACCAAGAUGAUACUGAUACGAUUAAUUACAAAAAACUGGACACGUUUUACUUUAGAUCUGAUCUAUCUGGACCGGGGUUGACAGGGGAGGAGGUGGUGGUGUUACCUCACCCAUUUAUAAUGAGUGCAGCAACAAUUGUAUCUCGAGAAAAACCAGCCAUGCUUAGCAUGCUCGGUAAAGCCUUGAACGGUAUUUUUGACGGCCCAAGUGAUAUCUUCAUAAGAGUUAAGGUUUUAGACCUUCUGUUCCGAGGUACUGUGAUCAAUUGUGCGAGAACCGAAUUUGCUCCAAAAGCAGUGUGUACGGCGCUGAAGAAAGAAGCAGCGGAUAGCUUGAUAUUUGAACCAAACAACCAAUACCGUUUUUCUAUUUUUGGAGUGCGUAAUGCAACUGUGGACAAACAUGUAAUCAGCGUUAAGAGAGGUAUCAAAAAUGUUAUGGAUGUUGGCAAGGUGGUCGCCAUUGAUGGUAAGACAGAACAAGAAAAGUGGACUGGGAAGUGCAAUGAGUACGAAGGUACAGAUGGUACAGUGUUUCCACCUUUUCUCACUGAAUUCGACAGAUUGGAAUCAUUUUCUGGAGAUUUAUGCAGAACUUUUAAACCUUGGUACCAAAAAAAAACCUCAUAUCGUGGAAUUAAGACCAACCGUUACAUAGCCAAUAUUGGAGAUUUGGCCAAUGACCCAGAACUACAAUGCUAUUGUGAUGCACCUGACCGAUGUCCGCCAAAAGGUCUCAUGGAUUUGACUAAAUGUAUUGGAGCGCCAAUGCUUGUCUCUAUGCCACACUUUUAUGAUUGCGAUCCUGAAUUAUUAAACAAUGUCAAAGGUUUGAAUCCAGAUGUUAAUGAACAUGAAAUAGUUAUAGAUUUUGAGCCGAUAACUGGAACCCCAAUGGUCGCAAAGCAAAGAAUUCAGUUCAACAUGCGUUUGCUUAAAACUGAUAAGAUCGAACUUUUCAAAGACUUACCAGAAGUCAUCGUGCCUCUUUUUUGGAUCGAAGAGGGUCUAUCGUUAAACAAGACAUUUGUCAACAUGCUCAAGAACCAGCUGUUCAUACCAAAGCGUAUAGUCGGGGUCUUUCGCUGGCUUCUCGUUUCCAUUGGUUUACUCGGACUACUGGUCUGCCUGGUCUAUCACUUCAAAGACUACAUAAUGCGCUUCACCGUCUCUCCCGACUCCACUACCGUCACUAAAGUAAACCCAGAAACCGUCGAGGAGAAAGAAAUAAGUAUAGUAGGAAAAACUAUUAUGGAACCGUCUAAAGUUGAAAUUUAG